UUUUGAAACUACAUGAUGAAAUUUUUAUUUGUGAUGUUGGUUUAUUCUAUCAGGAACCGUAGAUCAAGCAGUAAGCCGAGUAAGUACGAGAAGAAGACGGUUAUAUUUGGAGACGGCAUGGAAGAGGAAGAUAACGCCAAUCAUUUCCUUGGUAUUAUCAGGAAAAGUCUUAAAGAAGCUUUGGAUGGAUUAUUGGCUGCUGCUGAGCUUUACUACAGACAGAAAGGUAGUCGUACUGUGACAAGGCCCCAAGCUUUACAGGAGACAUUUGAACAGUGCUCGGAUGUGGUAGUACAAAAACUUCAGUCCUACUAUCAACAAUCAGACGAAUAUCAUAACCAAUGUCUGCAAGAGUUGAGACAUCAGUUAACACAGCUAGAGAAGUUAGUGGCUCAUAUACCUCAGCUUGUAGUCUCUGAUUUCCUCAAGGAACAUAUUGAUCUAUCUAAAUCUGCUAGAACUGGCUUCGAAGCUCAUUUUAAACAGAUACAAGAAAAUCUUGAACAAAAACAAAAGGAGCAUCAGCACUUACUGCGACCAGCAUUAGGACAUCCUCACCAGAAAGACAAACUGGAGUCUCUAUGUCAAUCAGAGCUGAACAGACAUCAGGAGUAUCUUGAUGCUGUAGAAAAUCAUACCAAAAAUCUACAGGAUAAUGCUGUUGAUAAUGCAAGAAAAUUCUUAGAUGCUCUAGCCAGGAUGUCAGAGAAUCAACUGCUUCAAUUUGAUAAUGAACUUGUUGUUGACGACGUAGAAAAAGGACGUAUUGAUGCGACCAAAUACCCAACAACUGAGCUGAUACGUAGAAAGAAUGCUGGAGAACCCCUCGAGGACAGUGAAGAUAAAGAUGCUCUACCUCGUGGCAAAAACACCUGGACAGGUCUAGCAAACAGUGAACUGGUUGUUGGUCCUAAACCAGACAAGCCACAACUUACAGCGUCUGUUACCACAGCUAAAACUGCACUAGGUCAUAAUGCCACGAUCAAGGCUAGGGAUGGGGCAUACCAGGAAUAUAAGGCACAAUUUGAAAGAGCUCUUCAGCAGAUAGAGGAUGAAAAGCAGCGUCUGCUGGUUGCCGAGCAACGCUGGAUGGAUAGUUGGAAUAAAUCUGUGGAAAAAGUGAAAGAGCUAUACUGAUUUAUUUGUAAUAUGUGACAUUAUAAAAAAUGUGAUACGAAAAAAAUAUAUUAUUUAUGUUUAAUUUGAAUGAAUGAUGUGCUGUUUUAAGUAUGGAAGUGUAAUUUUUACCUUAAACAAUUGAAAAAUAGCCAUGAUUUAUAUACAUGUACUUGUAAAAAUUGUAUUGCAAUAUUAUUACAUAUAUAUGUACAUGUAUCUUAAAACUGUUGAAAAAGUUUUGAAACUUAAAGUGAUAUUUUCCAACAUUCUUAUGGAACAUUCCAGAUUCUUUGUUGUUGUUUUUUAAGAACAUAGAAAAAAAAACAACAUAGUUAUGACUUCCUAUAUAUAUUUUCUUUUCACAAAAGUUCCAUUAAAAUUGUACAUGUGAUAGUUUUGAUUAUCUGCUGAUACUAUUUUUAGAUAAAAUAUUUUGUCAUAUUAAGAUAUAUUUUACAGUUUAUCUUCUCGUUUUUUCAAUGUCAAAGAAUAAAGUUUCCGUCCCUGGAUGCAUUUUACUAAAAAAAAAUUGUGUAUUUUUACAUCUGUGAUAUUUUUACAUUCCACGUACAUGUAAGCUGUUUUUGAAUAAAAGUGAUUAAAAAGUUUAUAA